UAAGUUUUCUUGGAAAAAAAUAUACAUAAUAAAAGAAAUGGGGAAGAAUUUGUGUGAGAUAGUGGAGAGGAUGAAAGUAGUAAUAGUCCUAUUGGUGGUUCAAGCAGCACUUGCAGGUGUGAUUGUGUUCUAUAAAUUAGCCUUGGUUGAGGGAAUGAGCAUGAGAGUACUCAUUGCUUACAGAUUCAUCUUCGCCACUGCUUGUAUAACUCCACUUGCUUUCAUCUUUGAAAGGGAGAGUAAAGCAAAUUUAACAUGGAAGGUAGUGUUCCAAGGGGUUUUGUCAGGUUUCUUUGGGGGAGCAUUGGGACCGAAUUUAUUCAUUGCAAGCUUAUCCUUAACAUCUUCAACAUAUGCUACAGCAAUGUCCAACCUUGUUCCCAUUGCUACAUUUAUCUUGGCUGCCAUCUUAAGAUUGGAGAGAUUAGGAAUGAAGACAUUGGCAGGGCAGGCCAAGUUGUGGGGCACAUUGUUGAGCAUAGGUGGAGCAAUGAUUCUCACAUUUUAUAAAGGAAAAGAACUUAAUCUUUGGUCAACCAACAUAAACAUAGUCAAACAUGGUGGACACCAUCAUACUAGCACCAAACAUGCUGCUGUUGGCGAUCAAGUCUUAGGCUCCUUGUUGGCUUUAGCUUCUUGCCUAGCAUUUGCAAUUUGGUACAUAAUUCAUGCCAAGAUGGGUGAAAACUAUCCAUUCACGUACUCGGCUUCUGCAUUGUUUUGCAUCACAGCUUCAAUUGAGGCAACAAUUUAUACCAUAAUUACUGACAGGAACUGGUCUGAUUGGAAGCUUGGCUGGAAUUUAAGGCUUUUGAGCGUUGUUUACACGGGAGCCGUCGGUUCAGGACUUACAGUAGUUCUUAUGUCAUGGUGCUUGCGUUUGAGGGGGCCAUUAUUUGUAUCCAUCUUCAACCCUCUUACACUCGUAUACGUAGCCAUUGUUGGAUCAUUGAUCUUCGACGAGAAACUAAGCAUAGGAAGGAUCAUAGGGUCGGUGAUAAUAAUUAUAGGAGUAUACGUAGUUCUAUGGGGAAAAGCCAAGGAGAAGAAGACUUGGGAACAGCUAGCAGCACAACCGGAACGGCCGUCGGAGCCUCAAACUGUGGAUGUUGUUAUUCAAGAUGCCGAUCACUGUUGUGAUCCAAGCAAGCAAAUCUCAUCCUAGUUAAUUAUUGCAUUCUAGGAUGUUGCAUUUUGGGAUCAUCAAUAUAUAUAUAUAUAUAUAUGUAUGUGACUGUUUUAAGUAUAUACAUAAAAAUUCAGUUCAAAUUUUUGAGGUGGAAUAUU